AUGUGUGCGAUGAAAUAUUUUAUAGGUAUUGAUUUAGGAACAUCUGGAAUCAAAGUAAUCAUUAAAGAAGAAGAUGAUACUAUUGCAUUUAGUGGUUAUCAUCCAUUAAAGGUUGAAAGAUUGAAACCGUUGUGGUCGGAACAAGUGGUGGGAGAUUGGUGGAUUGCAUUGGACAGCGUGAUGAGCAAGAUGGCAUUACAAGUGGAUAGGGAGAAGGUGUUGAACAAUGUCAGAGGUAUUGGUUUAACAGGUCAGAUGCACUCUGCUGUAUUGUUGGAUGACAAACAUCAAGUAUUGCGUAACUGCAUCUUGUGGAAUGAUCAGCGUAGCAGUGCAGAGUGUAAAGAGUUGGCAUCAAAAGUAGAGAAUUGUCAAGACACGAUCACUGGUAACAUCAUAAUGAGUGGAUUCACUGCACCAAAGAUACUGUGGCUAAAGAAACAUGAACCAGACGUAUUCAACAAGAUCGAUAAAGUGGUACUACCCAAAGACUAUGUACGGUUCUUAUUAAGUGGUCAAUUUGCAACUGAUAUGUCUGAUGCUAGUGGAACGAUGUGGUUGGAUGUAAAAAAGAGACAAUGGAGCGUUGAAAUGAUCAAUGCAUGUGGUUUGACGAUUAAUCAUAUGCCUCAACUCUACGAAAGCACAGAUAUCACUGGUACACUACACGAUCACCUGGCCGAGAGAUGGGGACUGCCUACAAAGACACCCAUCGGGGCUGGAGCAGGUGACAAUGCAGCCGGUGCUAUUGGAUGUGGGAUCAACACGUUAAACAAUAGAGCAAUGGUAUCACUUGGGACGAGUGGUGUGUCGUUCCUCCCAACCGACCGAUUCACAAGUAACACUUCCAAUGCAUUGCAUAGUUUUUGUCAUGCGCUUCCCCAAUCAUGGCAUUUAAUGUCGGUCAUAUUAAACUGUACAUCUUGUAUUGACUGGGUAUCUGAAUUGACAGGAUUUACAAAUUAUUUAGAUAUGAUACAAACUUUGAACAAAGAGAAUCAAGAAGUGGAUAAAGAGGAUAAAGUUCUUAAAGAUCCAAUAUGGUUCUUGCCCUAUUUAAAUGGAGAAAGAACACCACACAACAAUGCCAAUUUAAAAGGUAGCUUUUAUGGACUGACAAAUAAUCAUAGUCGAUUAGAUUUAUGUAGAUCGGUAUUUGAAGGUGUAUCAUUUGCAUUGGCUGAUGGUUUGGAUGUACUCUUAGAAGAUUCACCUAUAGAUACUGUCAUUGCUAUUGGAGGUGGAACCAACAAUGAUUAUUGGUGUCAAAUGUUGGCCGAUAUAACCAACCUUACAUUAGAGGUACCAGGUUCAUCCGAUUUAGGUCCAUCCUUUGGUGCAGCUAGAUUAAUACAAAUUGCAACUUGUAUUCAAAGUGCAACAACAAAAAGCAAGGAAGACAUUUACAAAGAUAUCAUUAGAUUACCUACAUCCAUAACCAAAAUAUUUAAACCAAACUCAAUCAAACAUCAACAAUUUAAAGAGAAAAGAAUCAUAUUUAAACAAUUAUAUCAAUUAUUAUUACCAUUAUCUUCAAAAUAG